CGAGCGCCGCUUUUCUCUACGUGCUCCGCACAUGCGCGGCUGCCUGUCCCUUCUUCCUCCGCUUCCACUGGCGUCCACGGUUCGCCGCGCCGCCGCCAGCACCGCGGAGGAGUCGGCAAGUUCAAGAUGGCCGCCACGGAGCCCCCGUCGCUGCGGGAGCAACCCGAGAUGGAUGAUGCCGAUAAUUCUGAAAAGAGUAUAAAUGAAGAAAAUGGAGAAGUAUCGGAAGACCAAUCUCAAAAUAAACACAGUCGUCACAAAAAAAAGAAGCAUAAACACAGAAGUAAACAUAAGAAACAUAAACAUUCCUCUGAAGAAGAUAGGGAUAAAAAACACAAACAUAAGCAUAAGCAUAAGAAGCACAAACGGAAAGAAGUUAUCGAUGCUUCUGACAAAGAAGGCCUGUCCCCUGCAAAAAGAACUAAACUUGAUGAUUUAGCUUUGCUGGAAGACUUGGAAAAGCAGAGAGCCUUGAUUAAAGCUGAGCUUGAUAAUGAGUUAAUGGAGGGGAAGGUCCAAUCUGGAAUGGGUCUCAUUUUGCAAGGCUAUGAGUCUGGCUCCGAAGAAGAAGGAGAAAUUCAUGAAAAGGCAAGAAAUGGAAAUAGGUCCAGUACCAGGUCUUCCAGUACACGGGGAAAACUUGAAAUUACAGACAACAAGAAUAGUGCAAAAAAACGAAGUAAGAGCAGAUCCAAAGAACGGACUAGGCAUAGAUCGGACAAAAGGAAAAGCAAGGGAGCUGUGGAAAUGGUGAGAGAGAAAGCAAACAGGAGCAAGUCCAAGGAGAGGAGAAAAUCCAAAAGCCCAUCCAAAAGAAGCAAGUCUCAAGACCAAGCCAGAAAAUCAAAGUCCCCUGCACUUAGACGCCGGUCCCAAGAGAAGGUGGGGAAGGCCAGAUCUCCUGCCGAGGAGAAGAUGAAGAGUGAGGAGAAAGGUAAAAUAAAGGAUAGGAAAAAAUCACCAAUUGUAAAUGAAAGAAGUCGAGAUAGGUCUAAAAAGUCCAAGUCCCCAGUUGACUUAAGAGAUAGAUCCAAAGACAGAAGGUCAAGGUCCAAAGAGCGGAAGUCUAAACGGUCUGAAAGUGAUAAAGAAAAGAAGCCAAUUAAAUCACCUUCCAAAGAUGCCUCUUCUGGGAAGGAAAAUAGGUCACCCAGUAGAAGACCUGGCCGGAGUCCUAAAAGAAGAAGUUUGUCUCCAAAACAACGAGACAAGUCAAGAAGAAGUAGGUCUCCGCUUCUCAACGACAGAAGGUCUAAGCAGAGCCAAUCGCCUUCUCGAACCCUAUCUCCAGGCAGAAGGGCCAAGAGCCGAUCCUUAGAAAGAAAACGGAGAGAACCAGAGAGGAGACGACUUUCUUCUCCAAGAACACGACCUCGAGAUGAUAUCCUCGGUAGAUGUGAACGAUCAAAAGAUGCCAGCCCUAUCAAUAGGUGGUCUCCAACCCGAAGAAGAAGUAGGUCUCCCAUUAGAAGGAGGUCCCGUUCCCCAUUGAGACGCAGCAGGUCUCCUAGAAGAAGAAGCAGGUCUCCUCGGAGAAGAGAUAGGAGUCGAAGGAGCAGGUCACGCUUGAGGAGAAGGUCUCGAUCACGGGGUGGUCAUAGGCGAAGGAGCAGAAGCAAAGUAAAGGAAGAUAAAUUUAAAGGGAGUCUCUCGGAAGGAAUGAAAGUUGAGCAGGAGUCUUCAUCUGAUGAUAACCUUGAAGAUUUUGAUGUGGAGGAAGAAGAUGAAGAGGCUCUGAUAGAACAGAGAAGAAUACAGAGGCAAGCAAUUGUGCAGAAAUAUAAAUACCUUGCUGAAGAUAGCAAUAUAUCUGUGCCGUCUGAGCCAAGCAGCCCCCAGAGCAGCACAAGAUCACGGUCCCCUUCGCCAGACGACAUCUUGGAGCGAGUUGCUGCUGAUGUAAAAGAAUAUGAGCGGGAGAAUGUUGACACCUUUGAGGCCUCGGUAAAAGCCAAACAUAAUCUAAUGACAGUUGAACAGAAUAAUGGUUCAUCUCAGAAGAAGCUUUUGGCACCUGAUAUGUUUACAGAAUCUGAUGAUAUGUUUGCUGCUUAUUUUGAUAGUGCUCGUCUCCGAGCUGCUGGCAUUGGGAAAGAUUUCAAAGAAAAUCCCAACCUCAGAGACAAUUGGACAGAUGCAGAAGGCUAUUACCGUGUGAACAUCGGGGAAGUCCUAGAUAAACGUUAUAAUGUGUAUGGCUACACUGGGCAGGGUGUAUUUAGCAAUGUUGUACGUGCCAGAGAUAAUGCAAGAGCCAAUCAGGAAGUGGCUGUAAAGAUCAUCAGGAACAAUGAACUCAUGCAAAAGACUGGUUUAAAAGAGCUAGAAUUCUUGAAAAAACUUAAUGAUGCUGAUCCUGAUGACAAGUUCCAUUGCCUGCGCCUCUUUAGACACUUUUACCACAAACAGCAUCUCUGUCUCGUGUUUGAGCCUCUCAGUAUGAAUUUGCGAGAGGUAUUAAAAAAAUAUGGUAAGGAUGUUGGUCUCCAUAUUAAGGCUGUACGAUCUUACAGUCAGCAGUUGUUCCUGGCAUUGAAACUCCUUAAAAGAUGUAAUAUCCUACAUGCAGAUAUCAAACCAGAUAAUAUUCUGGUUAAUGAAUCCAAAACAAUUUUAAAACUUUGUGAUUUUGGAUCGGCCUCACAUGUUGCAGAUAAUGAUAUAACGCCUUAUCUUGUCAGUAGAUUUUAUCGUGCUCCGGAGAUCAGUGGAAUGAAGGUAGUUGUGACAGGAGUCUUGAUCAUGUCGAGCAAGAGUAGCAAAACAGUUGUGGAGCCCCUCGCCUUUAGAAGACUGCUCUUGAUUGUUCAAGUUAUAGGUAAAAGCUAUGACUACGGUAUCGAUAUGUGGUCUGUAGGUUGUACCUUAUAUGAACUCUAUACUGGAAAAAUCUUAUUCCCUGGCAAAACUAAUAACCAUAUGUUGAAGCUCGCCAUGGACCUUAAAGGAAAAAUGCCAAAUAAGAUGAUCCGGAAAGGUGUAUUCAAAGAUCAACAUUUUGACCAAAAUCUGAACUUCAUGUACAUAGAGGUUGAUAAAGUAACAGAGAGGGAGAAAGUUACUGUCAUGAGCACCAUUAAUCCAACUAAGGACCUGUUGGCUGACUUGAUUGGGUGCCAGCGACUUCCUGAAGAUCAACGUAAAAAAGUACACCAGCUAAAGGACUUGUUGGACCAGAUCCUAAUGUUGGACCCAGCUAAGCGAAUUAGCAUCAACCAGGCCCUGCAGCAUGCAUUUAUCCAGGAAAAAAUUUAAAUGAGAUGAAGAAACUCCAAGGGUUUGAGUAAUUAAAUACAAAGACUGAAGAAAUUUCACAGCAGUUUAUUAUUAAUGUAUAUAAACUUAUAAAUAUUUCUGCAGCAAAUUUGAGGAAGCAUGAUAUAUUUGAAUUAACACCGAGGGUGAUAUUUCUUUUAGAAAUGUUAGUUAAUCUGUUUUGUGUCUUAUGUGAAGNUUCACUGUAGAAAUGUUUUAAUUGCCAAGACUGCACAGAAUUACAGUGCUAAUGUAUAUGGUUGCAGUUCACAUAAAAGACAAAAAGCAUCUGUGAUGAGUGGCAGUGCUGGGUGGUUGAUUUGUUUUUAGCAGACUUGGCUUCAGUUUGCUCUUCAGAUACAAUGGCCAGCAUAAAUGCUGUUUAUAUUCANGUUUUCCUAGGUGUGUGUGUGCAGGCCACAGCAGCAUGCCCUUGGUGUAGUCAGUGCCGAAGGGAGUCUCUUCCUUCUUGAGCCUGCCUGCAGGGAUGUCUCCUCUUUUAAAGCAGGUUGUGUACAACAUUCAGUACACUGAAGGCAUAACCCUUCCACUCUUGAACAAAGCUGCUGCUUUUUAAAAGCGGUAAUUGCUUCUUUACCUUUUAUUUCUUUUGUAAAUGAAGCUUUUCUUUUAAAAUGUGACUUUAAAGUGUUGUCUAUUGCAUAAACAGUUGACACUCACUUACUGUAAUGAGAAGAUUGUUCUACUGCAUGGGAAGUGGACCAUGCAGAUUUCUGUAUGUUCUCAGUAUGCAUCACUAGAUAAUAAAGUCUUUUGUGAACAAGGCAUUUGUAGCCAUUUUUAAAAGAUUUUGUCUUCAGUGCUGGUAAGUCAGGUAAACUGUAAAUAGUUAAAGCAGUCUUUGUUUUUCUCCUGAAAGUAUUGCCUGCUAAAGUGUAACUCAGUAUAGCCUUAUUUCUAAAUUUUUUUUAAUAAUUAAGGUCUUAAUUAUUUCAUCCAGAAAAAGUUCUUCAAAUUUUGUCAGCUUUCAGUGUAGUGAGGUUAUUCCGCAGUGUAGUAGGUUAUGGGUUAUAACUCAGGAUUUAACUAAUGUUUCUGCUAUUUUCUCACUUUUCCUUUUGAUGGUGCGGAAAGAGAAAAAGGAAAACGGGGCACAGGCCAUUCGACGCCUUCUCCAAGGGGUCUGAUUUGCUGAGACACCAGCUUCACCUUCUUAACAAGGUCAUUUCUGACGGCAUGUGUAGAUAAACAUUUAGCAGCAAUUUAAAACAAAGUCAUGUAGAGCAGUGUGGUUUGCGACACACAGGGUUGUGUGCGUUUAAGAUGGGAGAGAGAAUUUUUAAAAUCCUAUGUAACCUUUUCUGUUUGGGAGUGGGUAAACUUACUGUUUGUCUCCCUGAGGAUUAUGGAGAACAGUAACAUUUGGGGGUUUAAAUAGUAUUUUUACAUUGUAAAUGGGAUUUUUUUAUUCACCCAGGCACCUAAUUACAACAAGCAUGCACAUUUUGGUGCAUUCAAGAAUGGAAUAUCAGAAUAGCAGCAUUCUCCUGGUGGGUUAUGCUCCAUUUAAAGACAUGAAAUGAACUACACAGCCAGGAAGGUGAUAGAUGAGAUGAGAUAAUAAGCCACCUAUGAACCUACACCCGUCUCCUCAUGGUUAGACUUACUAAAGUAAACACACGGUAAUUUCCAGCUACAGGUAGAGUGAAGCCUUUUACAUAAGGCAUCACGGGCGCAGUGUCCACCUUAAUGAUGUGGGUAGGGAUUUUCCCACCAUGCUUACUUUACUUUGGUGCUAAUAUGCUGCAUAUUCAGGUCUUUUAAAGUUGUUUUCACUCAAAAUAGCUAAUGCUUUCUUCUGAUUUUCAUGGCUUCAUUUUAUAGUUAUUUAAUAAGUUAAUUUCCACUAGAAACAGUUCAUCUUAUGCCUUCAAAGCUUUUGCCUGCUCUUUAAGAAAAACAAAGUUGCUUGUUACUUGUUCUUUGUGUUUUAGGUGCAGCUCACUGGAAGAUGAUGGCAGCCAGAAGACAUGAGCCAAGGUUUCUGUCUCAUAAAAGAUCUUUUCAGUUCCAUUUAGUGUGUGUCUGACUUGUGGUUUCAGCUUUACAGUUUGGGUUUCAUUGCUGUGGUAUUAGAACAGUGCUGUUGUACCCAUCUGUAAAGUGCUCCUUGUAUAUCAUAGUUUCUGCAGCUACAGCCUUCCUCGAAAGUAAAAAGCAAGUCUAGUCAUAAAAGGCCCACAUUGCAAAGCUGUCAGAAUUAGGUCCUAAAGAUCACUAAGAAAAAAAUAACUGCUGGGUUAGUGUACAUUUGAAAAUAACCUGCAAGUUGCGUGUGGUAGCCACACCUGUAACCUCAGCACGCCUGGAGUGGAGGCAGAAGGAUGUGGGGUUCAAGGUCUGCCUGGCCUAUCAGAGCUAUUUUAUUUUAUUUUAUUUUAUUUUUUUUAAUGCUUUGGCCUUAAGCAAGUGCCUAAAUUGCAAGAGUAGCCUGGGAUUUUAACAAGCUAGCCAACUCCUUUAAUAGCUGUGCUUUGUCUUAGUCCUUUGUGACCAGCUUUUUAGUGUCAGAGACAUAAAAUAGUAAUGGCAGGUAUGGGGGGGGGUGAGAAAGGUGGUACUAUACCAUCAUCUUCCCAACCUUUAAGGAACCGGGGAACUGCACUAGUCCUUUUGUGUGAUGUGAUAAUAUCGCUGAGGUAGAAGUUUGGCGUUAUAUAAGACCUCUCUUAGGUUGAAGUCAGUUGUGAAUGAUCCUAUUGGACAGACCUGCGUUCAUGUUUCUGAUUAGCUGAAAAGGUUUCAGGUAAAGCUGACAGGAAGUUUUAAGUUUUCAUACUUUGUAGCAGAAAUGACAAGGAAUCACCAAACCUGGGGGUCAUAAAACUUUUUUGUUGUUUGGAAAAUUUUUAAAGCCAAGUUUAUGUUCUUUUUAGGAAAUAAAGAAUACCAAGAUGUAUGGAUAUUCAUGUAAUCAUUAUUUACAUGAGCAAUUAGUCCAAAGACCUUGUAACAUUAUUCUGGGCAGUCCAUGCACACACCUUGAAGAGGGUUCAGAAAACUCGUAAGCAUUUUUUCUGAGGUUAAAGGAGGAACAGCCAGCCAGGAAGCAUCCAUCAUAAACAUUAGGUCUCUUGGCAGACUUUGUUCUCAAGGACCUUCAGACAUGAGGGAGUUGGGCAGUUCUGAAGAGGAGCAGCAUUCUGUUAUAAACAGCGACCUUCCGGUGUUUGUAUUUACGCUCAAGUCCUGAUUAACAGCGUUCUGUUUCUUCAUUCCCAGUGGCUACUUCCUCAGCUAUUUUAUUUUUAAAAAACAAUGCGAUUUUUAUUUUACCAUUGCAAUUACCAUCUCUCCCCCCCCCCCCAAGACUAAAUACUCAGGACAUUUUUGGGAUACAAAAUACAUAUUUUAUGGUAUGUAGCAGAGUUAGUGAAAUGUAAUGUUCUCAUUUUGGCCCCAGAUUUGCAUUUCUUCUAGUCUACUCUAACAUCAUAGGUAGAAAUAGACUUGGAAAUGAAACAAAAGAAUUACAUGUAUUAAAAUUUUAAAUUAUUUUGGGAAAGACUAUAUAGUGAGAUGUGACAGUAUAGUAGGUGAUUUUCUUCCUUAUGAUAGCAUUUGGGCCCUAUAAGUAAUGUUUUGUGGCUAUUAGACAUUCAACAUGAAUUUAUUCUAUAUGCAAUGUCCUAAUAUAAAUGUUCGCUGCAAGUCAUUUGUAAUUUUUCCAUGUCAGUGCUGAAUACAGUUGACUAAGGUUUGGGUUUUUUUGUUUUGUUUUGUUUGUUUUGGGGUUCCUUGAGGUAGCACUCACUGUAGCAUCCUUACCUUUUCCUCUUCUGUGUAUAGGGUAAGGGACUGUUCUUCUGAAGAGCCAUUCCAUUUAGUGAUCAAGAUACGGGAGCUGCUCUGAGAAUGUGCUGUAUUCUAAUUGUUCUUGAUACCAUUGGAGUUGUAACUUACAUUGUAGCAGCAAAUGAUCCCAAAUGACUUAAUAGGAAGCUUAAUAAAGUGUGCCUCUUGCUACCA